ACCAUCAACCGGGGAGCACGCAUGUUCCUCUCUAAGAGCGAUGGCCGCGCACGUGCGUGACCAAGAAUACCGAUUCGAAACCGACAAGUGGUUCCUGGACCCCUCGGAAGUCGAGUAUCGAACGAAUAAUCGCGUUUCGGGUGAAGCGCUUUUCAUUAAAAAGCAUCAUCAACAUAAUACGAGUGCGCCUGCUGUAAGUUAAAACUGCAACAUCGAGAAUUUUAAAGAAACGGACUCGUGAAUCGAGAGACACGAAAAAAAGUGAAGUUGCAAAGUUGCAAACUGUCUCACGAGGAAACGGCGAAUAAAUCAUCUGUGACAUAACAGAAACGCGAUGGCAAUAGAGUCACCGUAUAAAUUAUGGUAACGAGCCGCGUCGAGGAAUUCCAACUGGGAGCACGUGAGUGAUAAAAUAUUCAGACAGAAUUUUGUUAAAAAUGGAUUUCUGCAAGAGAUACAAAUUCCUGCGGAUUUUACCCACGAGACGUGUCGUGUGGUCCUGGAAAACGGAAAACGGUACCAGUAUCCGGUUCACCGAGAAAGAGACCAUGGAAGAAUGCCUCGUAGAACUCGUCAACAUCUGGAUUUCGGCGAUCACGAUUCUAAUUGCGUUGAUCAUCGUUCUGAAGUAUAAAUACAGUAAAGAACAGAAAGAAUGCAGAAGACUUCUGCCAUUUCACACAACUAGAACGCUGUUAUGUAUGACGAUAUUAGUGGUUCUUUUCUUGGAAUUAUGCGAGUCUUUCCUAACGUGGAUUUCUUGCUCUUCGAUCAUCACGAUAGUAGCUAUCCUUUACUGCUGGAUCCUGCAUCGAAACACCGAAGUUAAGGAUGGUUUUGGCGUUGCUUACACUACUGGAAUAUUCGCUGCGAUUGGUUUAUCACGAGCGUGGAAAUUCACGUAUCUUUAUAGAUAUGGUCUAUCCAUUUUACACGUUCGAUACACAACCACAGCGAUCACCGCUAUUUUCUGCUGUCUCUUUGCUAUUUUGGAUUCUUACACGUUGUAUCUUAUAACAAGAAGAAGGAGAAGAUACUUGAUCGAACGAGAGACACGAGGAAGAACCGUGUAUAAACACACGAAGGCACCAUUUUUCAACAAAAUCACUUUUCAGUGGAUGAUAGAUUUGUUAUCCAAAGGAUACAAGAGAUAUCUGGACAUUCACGAUCUUGGUCAACUUCCGGAGGAAGAGAGUACUAGGAAACAAUUUGGAAAAUUUCGAAAAGUAUACGAGGAGCAUAGGGAAAGAAACAAAAAAUUAUGUCUUUGGAAAUGUUUUUGGAAGAAGAUAUGGCAUCCCUUUGUCAUUGGAGGGUUGUUAAAGUUAUUGGGAGAUGCUGCAACCCUUGUGGGACCAUUGUCUAUUUCUAAAAUCCUGAAUUAUGUUUCUGCCUCUCAAAAUAGAACAAUAACUUCUCAAUAUUCUAUGGUUGUCAUGACAUUUCCAGAAAUCUUAGAAAAUGGCUAUUUUUUGGGCUUAUUGGUAUUGUUCUUUUCUUUAUUACAAGGGACUCUAAGCCAAGCUUCCACUCAUAUUCUCUGCGUUGAAGGAAUUCGCUUGAAAACUGCUCUUCAGGCACUGUUAUACGAUAAAGCUUUGCGUUUGUAUUCUUGGAGCAUUGACGAAGAAGAUAACUUGCCAGACAAGGAGAAAGAACAGAAUAAACUCCAGCAAUCUGCUGACAUUGGAACUUUGACUAAUCUGAUAUCAGAAGAUGUCUAUAAUGUGAUGAGUUUUUUAUGGAUUGGACAUUAUACAUGGGCCAUUCCAUUAAAGAUUACUGCUAUUAUUUUUCUUCUUUACACAAAAUUGGGCGUCAGUGCAAUCAUUGGAGCAGUUUGUUGCAUAUUAAUAAUGACACCCUUACAAUUGAUACUUGGUAAAAAGAUGUCGGAAAAUUCUAAAUUGAUUACUAAAAACAGUGAUACUAGAUUACGUUUAAUCAAUGAAAUCUUCCAAGGAAUGAGAUUGGUGAAACUCAGAGCUUGGGAAAAUAUUUUUGAAGAAAAAAUAAAGAAAACGAGAGACGAUGAGCUGAAGAUGUUGGACAAAGACUCUUUCUACUGGACUCUUAUUAACUUCCUCAUCCAUGCUUCUUCAGUUCUGAUGACACUUUUCACUUUUGCCGCUUAUUUCUGGCUAGAAGAUCAAACUCUUGAUGCAGGAAAGGUUUUUGCAAGCUUAGCAUUAGUCUCACAAUUGACUGUUCCUCUUCUCAUCUUUCCAGUCAUGAUCCCUAUCAUUAUCAAUGCUAUGAUUUCCACGAAAAGAAUGGAGGAAUUUCUUCAACUUCCAGAAAUUGACAAUGUCUUGCCCGAUUUUGUUGAUAGAAAGUCAGAAAUUGCUGAGAGUAUACCGUCACAAACUAAUUCCAUCGACGAAUCCAUUGUGGAAAUAACAAAGACGCUCAAUACUCCUACAUUUGGAUCAUUGGAUAACAUAAAAGAAGAUGAGGAGAAUAAACAAUCGUGUGGCUUGAAAGAUUAUCAGUUGAAUAUAAAUUCUUCUAUAGAUACAGUUUUUGAAAAAGACCCGGAAAUGCCAAUACUCACAAUGAAAGGUUGCAAAUUUUCCUGGGGUACAGAGGAAAGUCUGUUGUCCAUCGAUGAUCUUAGCUUUCCAUGUGGUCAGUUAACUUUAAUCGUUGGUAAAACGGGAAGUGGAAAAACUUCUUUGCUGCUAGGAAUGUUGGGAGAAAUCCAAAGAACAUCAGGAUCCAUUGAAUGGGCUAAGGAUUUCAAAAUCGCAUACGUGGCACAGAAACCUUGGCUUCAAAACGCAACUUUGAGAGACAACAUUCUUUUUGGAUCGCCGUACAAAAUGAAAAAAUAUAAAAACGUGUUGAAGGCUUGUGCCCUUCAACCGGAUGUCGAUAUACUUCCCGGCCAUGAUUUUACGCGAAUUGGUGAAAAGGGGAUAAACUUAAGUGGAGGUCAAAAACAAAGAGUGACUAUAGCCAGAGCGUUUUACAGCGACGCAGAUAUUAUUAUAAUGGAUGAUCCAUUAUCUGCACUGGAUCAUCAAGUUGGACAACAGAUCUUCGAUCAAGGUAUUCGAAAACUAUUACUCAGAAGCGGGCGCACUGUGAUCAUGGUUACUCAUCGACUGGAAUUUUUAUCCAUUGCUCAUCAAGUUGUCGUCAUGGAUGGAUGUCGGAUCCGAACAAUAGGAACGAAAUCAGCGAUCGAGGAUUUUGAUCCAGAAUUAGCAAUUGAAUGGAGGAAAAUGGAAACGAAAGAAGAGGAUGGAUAUCGUCGUGUUUAUAGAACUGCAAAAGAUAGAUGGUCUUUAAUUAAAUUGGUAUCCAGAAUCGGUAACAAUGCGAAGAAUAAACUUAGGGAUAAAUCAUGGAUCACUGAUCAAGAUGCUCAUGUGAACUCAGGAUUCGUACCAUUGAGAAUGAGAAGAACUACUCUUUCCGGGUCAAGAUACUUGGCUCAUGAUUUAACAGAUCUUCCAGUAUCUACAGAAGAAUGGAAUGUCGAGAAAAAGCGAUUCAAACAGCACCGAAAUGCUGUUAGAUCGACCAGUCUUCAACCUGAAAGACAACCACCUCCUGUUCUACGACAAAAUAGCACUCCGACAAUUCUCGAGAGUCAAUAUAUUGUGCCCAGGAAAAGAAAUAAUACUUUUGAUAAUGGACAACGUAACAAUGUUUUCAGACAAAUAUUUUCUAGUGGAAUAAUUAGCCCACAUCCUGAUGAAAUAACAUUGAACAGAGACAAAAGCGUUCUACGAAAAUUGAUACCAUCUAAUUCUAACAGACAAAUACAAUACAAUGUUAAAAAAACUUGUCAUGAUCAAGAAAAUGAACAUUUUCCUGUGAAACGAUUGUUAUCAAUAGAAUCAAAAGGAAUUAAAGAAUCUACUGACAGUGAAGAAAAAGACUAUGAUACAAAGAAAUUAAAAGAACAGUUUCAAUGCCAGAAAGAUAGCAGAAUAAUUACUAGAACAAUCUUUUAUGAUUACAUAAAGGCUGGAGGAUGGAUACCAAGUUUAAUUUAUAUAACAAUAGCGAUUUUCUGUCAGAUUCUUCGUGUUUUCAUCGACUUCUGGUUAAGUCAAUGGACAGACGAAGAUUUCGUUCAAGAAAAUCAUGAUACGGUCUUUUAUUUUAAAGUUUACAUCAUUCUUUCCAUUAUUUUUAUAUUAUUCUCUAUCAUAUGCAAUGCAACUGGUCAAUGGACAGGUGCAAGAGCAAGAAGAAAAUUGCACGAGGAAGCCAUAUCCAGACUUCUAAGAGUGCCAAUGUCGUUUUUCGAUUCCAAUCCAGUGGGAAAAAUUUUAAACAGAUUUAGCACCGAUAUAGGCGUCAUUGAUAAGAAAAUAUCCAUGUCGAUCCAACGACUGAUGUUCUUCGUUCUUCUCUGCGGUUCAGCGAUGAUUGUGAAUGUUAUUAUCUCACCAUGGUUCCUCAUUUUCGCUAUACCUAUAUGCACAGUUUACUACCUGGUUCAAAAAUUUUACAGGCGUAGUGCCAAACAUUUACAAAGAUUAGACGGCAGUACCAGAUGGCCGAUCACUACUCACUUUUCUGAAACGCUUUGCGGAUUAGCAACGAUAAGAGCUUCAAAGCAAGAGAAUCGCUUCAUGGAGGAGGCUAUAAAGCGUCUGGACAUCAACACAAACGCGUUCCUCCUUCUAAAUUCCAGCAGUCGAUGGUUAGGCAUCGUUCUGGUAAGAGAAUUUUUAAAACUUUUCCAUUCUGCCCGAUCUAUCUUCACCAUGAACACUUUCCAGGAUUAUCUAGGUGCUAUAAUAGUGAGCUCUGCGAUAUUUGUAAUGUUAAUUUCCGCUAAAUUGUAUCCACAUAUCACGCCUGCUCUGGUUGGCCUGGCGAUUAAUUACACCCUACUAGUGCCAAUUUAUUUAAAUUGGGUGGUAAAAUUUAUCGCGGAGACAGAGAUAUAUUUUGGUAGUGUUGCUCGAAUCUCCACUUACAGAUAUGCCCCUGUGGAAAAUUAUCAAGAUGGCUUUUACAUAUCGAAAAAUUGGCCCAACAAAGGUGAAAUUAUUUUUGAAAAUGUUUCUCUGAGAUACGCUUCUCAAAAUCAACCAGUGAUCUCGAAUUUUUCUUUGAGGAUUUCAGCUGGUCAAAAAAUUGGAAUUUGCGGGAGAACCGGAAGCGGGAAAUCCUCCACAGUGAUGGCACUGUUUCGAUUGCUAGAUAUCACUCAGGGUCGUGUAUUAAUCGAUGGAAUAGACGUCCGACGAAUUCCUUUGAAAAUCCUUCGCUCGAGACUUUCAGUAAUUCCUCAGGAUGUAAUCAUGUUUAGUGGAACCAUUAGAGAAAAUUUGGAUCCUCUGUCGGAAUACGAAGAUCAAGAACUAUGGAACGUGUUGGAAAUAGCACAGAUCAAAAAUGUUGUAGCUUCACAUCCCGAAGGUCUUAAUUUCGAGGUAAAAGAAGGAGGCGAGAAUUUCUCUUCCGGUCAAUUGCAACUGCUCUGUAUGGCGCGGGCGAUACUCCGGAAGUCCUCGAUCGUCGUGUUCGAUGAAGCAACCAGUGCGCUCGACGCCUCCACGGAAAAGAGCCUCUUGAAAGCAAUUUCAACCGAUUUCGAGAACAAAACAGUGAUCGUUAUCGCGCAUCGUGUGUCCGCUUUACUCGAUUGCGAUCGGGUAAUCGUGCUCCACGAUGGAAAGAUCGUCGAAGAUGGAUCACCGAUGGAUCUGACACGACAACAAGAUAGUUUCUUCGCGAAUAUGUUAAAAUCCAACGAGGAGAAUGAAACGAAUGAUUGUUGAGAGAAUACAGAUGAACAUAAAAAAUAAUAAGAUGAAUUCGAUUAAAAAACUGCAACACAAAAGUAUCUAAUACGUUCGAUGAUCACACAGUAUUUAUUUUUGAUAUGGAUGAUAAAUUAGGAAUUUCUGAAAUGUGUUUUUAUAAAUACAUUAAAGAUGCAUUAAAAUGAUCGUUGAUCGAUCUGAUACAUUUAUACACUGAUCAUAGAUAAUGAAAUUGCGUUGCAUAUUAAAAUCUCUCAUAAAUAAAAAACAAAAUUGAGAAUUAUAAAUUUUCUCUUUUAAUCCAUGUAACAAGAAAAUUAUGUGAAUUUUGUACUUAAAACUCAGAUUAAUGCAAAUCUUUUUUAAAUAAAAAAAACCAUUCACAUUACUUAAAUUAAAGAAGAGAAAUUUAAUGACAAGUGUUUCUAGAAUUCCAGAAUUACAAACUUUUAUAUCAUAAAUUAAACUGAUCGAAUUUUUUCAUAAUAAUAAAAAAAUAAUUCACAAUAUUCUUUUCUGCGAUCGAUGACCCAUUGUUUUUUCAAACAAACAAGAAAAGAAAAUUUUUGCUCUUACACUGAUCGUUGUACUUUCAACUUCCUUUUAAUAUCCCCAUUUCGCCCACUCUUUAAGUAUUCUUAUCGCCAAAAAGUUCGUCAUUGCAUACGUAAUAAACGGAUUUUGUCAAAGAAAGAACUUAUCAAAGCCAAAGCCAAUUUAAUCGGAAAAAGUCAAGCUGCAUACCAUUCCUCCAUCGACCAUCUAUCUUCUAAUCAGAUCGAACGAAUCGAAUGGAAAUGUACCUUCCGAAAGAAUUUUCGUAUCGAUCUAUUCCACGUGUAAUCAAAUACAUAAUCAUCGAUACCGUUGACUGGCGGCGUAUAUCACGGAUAAGGUGCCAAACGAUAAUAAUUAUGUACCAAUGCCCCCCACUGUCAGCCAACGAUUGAAAACGAGCUCGUGUUUUUCAGCUAGUGGCAUUGAGGCCAGUAGUCUGUCGAUAACAACGCGAGUCCGCGAGCGAAAGUCCAAAGCGAAUUCGCUCGGCUUCUCUUCCUCGUUUCGCUCUCUCGAUCCUCAAACACGAACUUGUCACCUCUUCGAGUCGCGAAACAUGCCGAAAGAAGUUCAAACGUUCGAUUAUCUCGUUAAAAAUCUUCAAAUUUUCCAAAUUCAAUGACAAUACGCGGGUUUUUUCUCGAUUUUGAGAAUUUCCCUCCUUGAAAUUGUAUAUCUUAGCGCGAAAUAGAUUCGCGUGAAAAAUGAAAGCGCGCGAUCGUACGUGAAUUUUACUCCCGGAGAAAAAGUUUUCCAAUUAUCGUGAAUAAUCGAUCCAUGUUGUGGUUGUGGUAUGAAUGGACAAUGAAUCUCGAAAGUGGCUCGUGAAACUUUGUGAAACUUUGCGAAUUGAACGAGUUUGGAAAAAUUUGUGACAAACAGGGAGAUCAGAUGAGAUUUGAGAGUCAAGAGAGUGUGCUUUCGACAUGUUUUGGA